AUGUGUGCCUUAAGGGAUAUCGCGUCAACUUCGCCUUUAGGUGAUGCCAUUCGUGACCGCAUUAAGGGAGGUAUAAUUAUUACUACUGGUGAGGGAGCUGGUUCUUCUCCAGCCUCCACAAUAAACUCGAGCCCACUUGGGAUGGGUAGAGGAAGUGAUGAUAGUGCACACAGCCCCCGCUCUGGGAAUCCGCUCGGGUGGGAGGGGCUGGAGGGACAGUCCUUGCCGUUCUUUGGCACGAGGUCACGGGAUGGGACGGAUACCUGUAUUCACUCACAUUCAUAUGACCAACCACAUGUCUGCCCAAUAUCUAUGGAGAGAAACCUGAGGCCAAGCAGUAGCGUUUCGUGGUUAUGUGAUGAAACCUUGUCGGAGGGUUUAGCCGGCUCACCGAAAUCAUCAUUCUCUCCACUGGUUGCUUCUCCACGGUUCGUCAACCUUCGCGAUUCUGUGGUUGCGGCCUCACCAUUGGACUAUUCUGAAGAGCACUCACCGCGUUUCGCCAGUGGCCCUUCUGAACGAGGCGGUUCAUUUUGUUCACAGUUUUCAGACAACAUUGCAUUAGGAAAACAGUUGCAAGGUGCCCUCGCAAACCCAACUCUGUGGUGCUCCAAGGAGGAAUCACCUCGUAGCACUGCGGCGUCGCCGCACUCUCCGCGUGUUGGCUGUUCGGGAAACUGUCUGGAGAGUCCUGAUCUCAAAGUUGCCUCCGCUUCUCAACCAGGUCCCGCAGCCCCCUCGCAUGAUCCAUGGAAGAAAGCACUACGUUGUCUUACAAUUACUGCUACAUUGCAAAUGCUUUUAUUCGUAGUGGUAUUUGCGACUCAUUACUUUGUGACUACAUGGGUCUUAGUACAGAUUCAGGCAAAAUGCACAAACAGCAGUUUAGCACCAGCGCGUUGCCACACAUUUAUUGGGGACCGCCGGCCUCACCGUCUUGGAUUCAUCACCACGGAAAACUUCACUGUUGUUGGCACAUUGUCAGGUUUCGUAGCCACAGCUCUUGGAGUGAUGAUACUGCGGUAUCUACUGUGGCAUACGCUGCGUUCCUUUUCGAUGGGGACAGUAAGUUUGAUUUGCCGUGUGGCGCCUUUACUACAACAAGACAAGGAUGCAAUUGUUUACCAACUGCAGGUGGCGACCAGUUUUUCAAGGAAAGAAGCUUCAGAUGCUGGCAACAAGGAAAGGAGUGAAACCUCUCAGCCGAAUGAUAAGAAAACCGGUUACGCACCCAAUCGUUUAUGUGACCAUAAAGGAGGUUCCCCCAUUUGUGUGUUGGAUUCGUCUUGUAACAUUCCAAAAGUUAAUACCAGCUAUGAAAAUUUCCACGAAUUGGCUGGACCUGAUUUUGCCGGUGGUCGCGUCCCCCUGCGUGCGGUGCGGUCACACGAGAUAAUCCCUGUCUCGUCUUCCCCUCUUUUAAAAAAUUUGGAUCGCUCGAAUAAAUUCUCGACACCGACUGCAGUCAGGCACAACUACUGGUCAGUAAGGGAGGUUAGGGCUUCAGAUUCCACUUCCUUGAGCACUCAGCAGUCUGAUGCAUGUAUCGAUGCGUUUGCACUACCGCGCCCCCGUGAGCUCAAAGUUUGCUGCGACGUGGAAGGUCAUCCUCUGAAGACGAACUUGCACAAGCACGCAGAUCCUGAUAAGUUCGAUUCCGCUACAACGAACUCCUCUCAGGAGGUAACGGGUCGGAAAGAGGAUACACAAGAGAGCUCAUCAUGCAAAACCAAGAGCGACUUCAGCACAAGUAAUAGUGACCAGUUGUUGUUGGAAACAUUCGGUAGCAAAAAUGCGAUGCUUAGCAAUAGUGGUUUCUUGGCACAGCAAGUUACAUUUCUUGUAUGCCGAUUGUUUUUGCCCGCAUUGGACCUGGAAAUGGAAGGCGUCGUAACGACGAAGAGGUUAAGAGCAGUGCAAGCAAUGUCACAGCAAUUCACGGAAGUUGUGCUGCGUGUGGCGAGGGAAGAGUUUGGUGUUCCAUUUGAUAUUCGGUUGGACUCAGUUGUGGUGACGUUUCACACACCGUCAGGACCGAAUUCUGUCAAUUUGGUGAGACCACGUGAUUGUGCCUUUCGUCUCGUGUCGGAACUUCAGAAGUUGGAGUCACAAUGGGCCCGCACGUCCUCGUUGCCAUUUGUUUGGGGAAUAGCCAUGCACCUUAGCCAACUAUUGGUUGGCGUCAUCCGCACGCCGUCUGGUCGCACAUCAUCCCUGUACGGUGAAGAAGUGAGGUUGGCAUACCGCGUGACCGAACUUUGUCGCAUUCUCGACUGUCCAUUACUAAUGUUGCAACCAUGCUAUGAUGUUUUCCGCGUCUGUGUGACCGCAGUUCCCGUUGACGUGAUACACCGAAGGACGUGUGGUGGAGAUGUUCGGAUAUACUUAUACGACCCCAAAGCACCAAAAGAAAGGGAAUGUGUGGGAAGUUCCCGUGAGCAGUAUGCCCCCCUUAUGGCGGCCUUUGGGCUAAUGUGUGAGAAAAGGUUCAGCCAAGCAUCCGAGCAGUUGGAGAAAGUCUUGGAGUUAGAUCACAACGCCCCGCGGCUACACAGGCUUUGCAAGUACCUUGCGCAGGAGCAUGAAGGGGAGAAGAUGAACUCUUCUCUAAGUGACAUUACCAGGUACGUGCGGGAGGGCCCACAGUGGUGUGCAGUGGAUAGAGAGGCUAAGAAAUUUAUCCGAAAGAAGAUUGAAAAGGCAGGAAUGAGUAUUGACAUGAAUGCCACUUCGCUUUCCGUAUCGCAAUACCCAUUUAACGAUGUGGUAGAACCGGGUUGUGCGCAGGGAAUCAGUGAAGAGUAUCGUUUGUUGCACCGGGUGGCAAAUAGUUGCGCUAUGAUGGACUUGUCACGAUUUGGGCAGUGUGAGUGCCACGUUUCCCCGCAGUAUUAUGCAGCACCAGGAAGUUUUCAACCGAAUGAAAUACAGUCGGAAUGCGCAUUGGUGACACUCCGUCAGAAUACAUUGAUGAAUAGCAGCAUUACUCGUGAUGUUUGCAUCGUUACGCACCAGCGUAGCUCCUCCGCCUGCGGUGUGAUGCCGGAGUGUAACUACAAGAGUGACCGAACCAUUGCCGUCGUUGCGCCUCCCCAUGGCGAAAAUACAAUUCAAAACGGUGACUGUUAUAACAAAGCAGAAAGACUUGAGUUUGACAUUUACGGGCCAGUGGGCGCAGGUUCUUUCGGCAGGGUUUAUAGAGGACUCCAUCCGGAUGGCAAUAUUGUCGCUAUAAAGGAAUAUCCGGUGCCAAGCAUGGAUGAAAACAAUCCGGAAAUUCAAUCCACAUUAUCAGAGAUUCGGAUGUUAUCGGCUUCCCACCACAAAAACAUUGUUCGGUACGUCGAUAGAUGCUUUCAAAACGGUUGUUUGUAUAUCAUCACUGAGUUUGUGUCUGGAGGGUCUCUCGCAGCACUCGUUGAAACAUUCCACGGCCUCCCCUGUGACAUUAUCAGGCGCUAUACCGGUGACAUACUCCGUGGGCUUCAAUAUCUUCACGACCGCCAAAUCGUACACCGGGACAUAUCUCCGAACAAUGUGCUCGUUAGCAUUGAUGGAGUGUGUAAACUGAGUGAUUUUGGUGGUGCCGUGGAGUGCGCGAUGCAACCACCAACUUCUGAAGAUAACGUUACACUCACCAGUGAUGAAAAGAGCCCCACGAGGAAGCGUACGAUGGUGCUCACCACUGAAAGUGAUUACUGCUCUACCGGUUCCACGACGCUGAAAACGUGCUUCGGCACACCUGUGUGUAUGUCACCAGAGGCUUGCAUGGGUGUAGUGGAUCCAAGGAACGAUAUUUGGGGACUGGGAAUUACACUUUGCUUUUGUGUUGCCUGCAGUUACCCGUGGUCACAGGAGGACACAGCCGAUGUGCGUUCCUUCAUUAGUAAACUACGCCGUGGGUGUAUUAGCCCGGAGCCGCCUUUCGACUUAAUGGACGUUCACUUUGCUGAUUUUGUUCGGCAGUGCCUAAAGCGAGAUGCGAAGGAUCGCCCAUCAGCAUCUGAGCUUUUGUUCCAUGACUUUAUGGUAAACUAA